AAUUGAGAAGUUUACAAUAAUUACGACAAUUAAAGGUCAUUUAAUAAGCAACAAUUACAUAAUAAUUACAACACAAUAAAAAAAACAAACAAAAAAAACUAUUCAUAUGUAUAUUGAUCAAUCCAAUUGCGGUUGUUUGUUUGGCAACUCUGCAGUCUAUUUUAAAGUGCAUAGCGCUUCGUUGCCAAAGUUACGUGUAUACAAACGGUAUUUGUUUUUAAAUAAUAUAUUCGUAUGAUAGAUAAGCCUGCGCUCACGUACAGCACCUUUAGUCAAUAACGUCAAUUGAAUUAGUUAAUAACUAUUUAUGAAAUAGCAACUGAACAUUAUUUAGUUUGUUUCGUAACUUGGCAACGCAGCUUCGUGCUAUUUGUGUUGGUGUCAAACAGAUGAUAAAGUCGCUCCAAUUUGGUAGAAUUCUUGUUGGAAUUAUUUGCACUGGUUGAUAAUAAAUUUAUUGGUUGAAAAGUGUUUCCAAUUGGAAGUUGUAGAAAUGUUGUGCGAUUCAGCGUAUUCUGAACACUAGCUAAAGGUUCUGGGCAGAUUUAUGUGGAAAAGUUCUUCGUGCUGUCGGGAGUGUAUAUAGAGAAGUGGACUCGUCCAUCUUUUACGAAAACCAAGCGGACGCAGACCAAACCCACAAUUGUUGAUAAACAUAUCUGGCAUUUAGUGUUUGAGGACAAUUAGUUAGUGCCCAAUUAGAACUAUAUUUCAAUCAAUACUAUUGUAAUGUGCCCGAACCAUUUGUUGAGCAAGAAAUCCGUUAAACGCACUUUAUUGCCGACCUACAGUUUAGUCCAUUCAAAGAGAAAAGGGAUUUUCAUACAUCCCACUGCUAUGUUCAAAAACUUUACAGUGCCGUGUUCAAUAUAAGAAGCAACAGUGAAAGUGUGUUACUCAUAAACUGAAUUUUUAUUUGUCAAAUUACACCCAAUUUCAAAUUAAAAUGAAGUUGCUUGAAAGUACACGAUUUGAAGCUAUCAACAAUGCAUUGUGCAUUGAGACUGGUGACAGCAAAAUUGCUGGUCGCAUCGAGAGCUACUCUUGCAAGAUGGCUGGAGGAGAUAAGGCCAAGUACAAGCGGUUCAAUUCUGAGGGAGUUCACCCCAAUGACCUUCAGGCACUUUCUCCACCACAAGGUCUAUCGCCAGGAAUAUCCCAAUACAGCCGCAGUGUGUCUGGGGAUGAGGAGGGACCACUCUGUGAUACCAUUAGCAGGAAAACAUUAUUUUAUUUGAUUGCAACAUUGAAUUCAGCCUUUCCAGAUUAUGAUUUCCUUGAUGUCAAGAGUGACGAAUUCAGCAAGGAGCCGUCAUUGCAGUAUGUGAUGAAUGCAAUUGACACGAAUCUGUCAGCAACUGCUAGGGAAUAUUAUUUACCCUUAAGGCAGCAACUGUGGGCUGCAGUGGAAGAUGAAAUCACUUUAUCUGAAUGUGAUAUAUACUCGUACAACCCUGAUUUGGGAUCCGAUCCCUAUGGCGAAGAUGGAUGUCUUUGGAGUUUCAAUUAUUUCUUAUACAACAAACGCUUGAAGCGUAUUGUUUUCUUUACGUGCAGAGCAAUUAACCCAAUUUAUGCUGUGGAUUCGGGUUUCGGAAGCGAUUUUGCAAUGGACGAAGAUGAAUUAGAUUAAACACGAUCGUGGAUUAACAAUACUUAUCUGAUCGUAAAUCUAGGAUUUGUAGGGCUCUGGACCUAAAAUAUGUUUCUUAAAGGGUCCAUUUUUUUUUCGUUUGUAUUUUAAAUACUGUAUUUAGUUGUUAAAAUGCGUCCACAAUGUUUAUAUUAUUUUCCUUAAUAUGUGGCACCCCUCCAAUAGAUUCUAGUUGAAAAUCUUUUGGUGAGAGCAAAAGUACAAAUAUACACAUCUUUUAAUAACACUAGGCUAGACGUCUGCUUCUUUUUAAUACGCUGUUUUGUAUGAAAAAUGGUAGACGAUCUUCAUUGUCCUUUAAUAUAAUAAUUAUAUACUGUAUGUGGUAUAUGGAAUGUUCGGUUCUUAACUAAGCAAUAACGUUUAAUCAAUCAACAUCUAUAUCUAGUAAAUUCUAAAUAAAUAUUUUUUUCGUUCAUUAUUUAUCGGUUUUGAAUAUGCCAGUAUGUUCGUCGUUUUAUGAAUUGUAUUCAAUUCUUGACAUUUAAUAAUAAUUUGGUCUAUAAGAAGCUAACCUUGCUUUGUGGACAUAUUAAAUUAAUUUCAUUUAUACUGGCAUAUUUUAAUUACAUAUCGGGAAUUAUUGCUUCUUUACGAAUUUAUUUAAAUUGUGAUUUGAUCUCAAAAUUUAUUUAUUUUUUG